AUGGUCUGCAAGUCCUGCCCGUGCAGAUCCUCCAACACGGCAACGGAGCCGUUUUACAACCGCAUCACUGCAGUGCAGGUGAGGUUGCGUACCAGCAAAGGCUUCCAGCGGGUGGUCGUGGCCGUGACCCUUUUCGCAGUUUUCGCCGACAUUUUGGGCACGGCUGUAAUUCUGCCGGGACUGGCAUCGGUGUGCACCUUUGCGGAGGGUGGUCCAGGUGAUUUGCUUGAGAAGCAGAGAGAGAACCUGCCGGAAGAAGUCUACCAAGAGCAGAUUCAGCAGUUGAUCUCGCCCCAUGCCUUCAAAGGAGAACGUGGGGCAUGGUCCGGCUCGCCACCGGUGAAGUAUGCACUUUCCAUGAACCUGGUGAUGUCCGUGGGUUAUUUUGGAUCUGCCUUGGGCUCAAUGUUUCUGGGUCUGCUCUGUGACAAGAUCGGUUGCAAGUUUCCCAUGCAACUUUGCUUGUUCAUGGGCAUCAUUGGAUAUGUGAUCAUCUAUGCAUCAGCCAUCUGGGUGAAAUCAUACUAUUUGUUUUUGCUGGGCAAUGCGUGGAACAACUUCUUCGGCAAUUGCAUGCAGAUUGCGACGACUUAUGUCGGCCAGCUUUUUGAGGGUGAGGAGAGAGACAGCUAUAACAGUUUGGUGAUCGGUAUGGGACUCAUUGGCGGCACCAUUGGUGCCUUCAUUGUGAUGCCAUUCUCGAACAACCCCAGCAACGGCGCCAACUACUUUGACUCUAUUUGGUUGGCGAUCGGUGUCACAGCUGCGGCCCUCAUCGCAGUUACAGUGGUUCUGGUUCCACCUCAAGAGCAGGAGCCGGACAGAGAAGCUGACCCUGCGACCUUGGAAACACCCCCCAGGGCUGCCCGAUUGCUGAAGAUUACCGUCCUUGCCUCUGCCUUGGACUCCGGGGGUGAUGAAGGUACGCGCAUUGCCCGCGGAACGGUGCUCACUGCCGUCUUCCCUGAAUGGCAGACUGCUGAGCGACAGAACUACCUGCUUCUGGGCUUGCUGGUCAUGGUGAUUCUGUCCUUGGUGAUCCUGGAGCUGCUUCGCAAACGGAUCAACCUCGCGGCCAUCUGCGUGAUCGGCUGCUUCUUCACGCUGGCCACGCAGUUGGUGUUGAUUGCCGAGCUGGAAGUGGCUCCAUUCCUCGCAACAUGGUAUUCGGGGAAGCUCUUUGGAUUUCUCUCGACCAUCGCUUCGGGUCUGAUCAUCGUAGAGCUUGCGCCCAAGUCCCAGCUCGGCCGCUGGAAUGGCAUCAAUGAGGCAUUCAGCAACCUUUCAAUGGCUGUCUCGCCGCUGGUCUUCUCAUUGAUCUACGACGCGGUGGGCAACGUUAGAGGUCAGGAGAUGCUCGUAUGCACUUCCGCUGUGUCCUUGCUGGCCACUAUGGCCUAUAUGCCUCUGGUUUCACGGAUGCCAAAGCCGUCUGAAGAGCCACUGGAGCUUAAGGACCUCAGCUACUACGAGGAGCUUUCAGAUGAGGAUUUUGCGGAGCUGCCCACACGUAUCGUCGACGAGGUACGCUUCAAGAAGAUGAUCGAGGCUGGCAAGACGCCACGAUUGGUUUCUUGGGGAAGCUAUGAGCAACAGCGUGCCAAGUUGUACGAGAUGCAGAGGCGUGCAAUGAAAGACUUCAAAGAUUUUGCUGAAUAUUUGGUGCGGAUUCUCUCCAACCGCGAGCUGCUUGUGCAGGAACAGAAGAAAGAGAUGGCCAUAUUGGCCACACAGGGUGGGGUUGAUCGAGAGCAGGCGAAAAAGGAGAUGGGCGCGUGGAUGGCCGACUACUUUGAUGAUGCAGGCUACAUUGAUUGGGAGACGCAGGCAACAUUCUACAAGGCCAUGAUCAUGACAGCCUUUCCACCAAUAGACUCACUGGAUUCAGUGCGUCCAGAGUACCAUACGAUGUCCGUUGAGAAGUUCGAGAAAAAUAUGACUCGUGUACUUGAGGUCAUGGAUUCGCACCUCGCCUCUCAUCGGCGUAUUCACCUGAACGGAGGCGUUUUCUCCCUAAUUCGAGGUCGCUGA